AAUGAGUUCUAGCUAUUCUGGUUCAUUGUAGAGAAAUAAGCUCGCAAUGCUCUUGAUGAAAUUAUUCAUGGUCCUGCUCGCAGCUUAUCUGUGCAGUGCUUAUUCAUCAUUCUAUUCAUCAUUUAUAGAUCCGUGUAUAGCACGGUGUAAAAGCGAAGUUGAGAUAUAUAACAGAGAGCACCCACAGUCGCCAAGGAAUCCCAAUUGCGCACAGUGGUGCAAAGAUAUCACGGAGGGCAAGCAGUAUAAAUAUGUCGACCCUUCAAUUAUGCAGAUUUUGCAAUGAAAAUAUACACACUAGUAAUGAGGUUUGAUCGAGCAUUUUUAGGCUAGUAAUGAUGCUGUUUUACUUUGAAAGAUUAGUUUAUUUGUGCCAUGAGCUGCUUCGAUCAUCUAUUUGCAUUUGCAAAAUUUGUUCCUUCACGAAAUAAGAAAAUGUAUUUGCAAAUACUUGAAUCGUAUAGUUCUUAAUUGUUCGCUGGAUCGCUCUACAAGCACAUACUUUGAACAAUCACGAAUGGUGAUUUCAAAGGACAGAAUGACAUGAGAUCCUAU